AUGGCCGUGUUAUUGAAGACGGUACCGCGAUUGCCAAUUGUUUUGCGAACUUUUUUGAAUCCGUGUAAUCACUUGGUAAUGGGAGCAGUAUUGGGAAGUCGAGUAUUUAAAGAUGGUGAUAGGUCUUUAGUCUCCAACUACAGAUCGAUAAGCAAACAAAACCCGAUGCCAAAGAUUUUCGAGAACAUUGUUGCCGGAAAACUCUCGGCACUGUCAAAAAAUGCAUUAAUCGAUGAGCAACACGGCUUUGUGGCUGGUCGCUCUACUGUAACCAAUCUACUUAUUUACCAUGACUUUAUAAUUUCUGCCGUUGAGGAGAGCUCACAAAUUGAUGCGGUAUACACUAACUUUUGGAAAGCUUUUGACAACGUUGAUCACGUCGUAUUAUUACGCAAAUUGCAGGCAUUUGGGAUCGGCGGAUUAUGGUUGAAAUGGUUAUCGGAUUUUGUGACGGAUAGACUGCAGAUGACUUGA